AUGGCCCCUAUCGAGUUGCCGGUCUCUAUCGCGCUCGCGUCGCUCGUACCCGUCAGCCUGGUCGCGUUUUACUUCGUGAAACCGACCAGCGCUGUCGGGGAAAUAAAACUGCCCGAGACUGCCGACCACCUCGAGCACGACCCGUUCAAUGUCACCACUCCAGAGGACGUUGAAGACGGCCAACCUAUCAAUGAAGCCGCGUUCUGGGCAAGGAUACGCGUUCGGCAAUUUGUCUUGACUCUGGUCCUCGCCGCUAUCGUCGGCCUUCAAACUGCUUCACUUGCUCUCUCGGCCGGGCUUGCACUUCGCAGUGCAAUCAUCAUCUACGCACUACACACCUUCCUGGCGUUGUAUUCCCUAGCGCUAUCACUCGUCUCCAUACGCCAAAAUGAACAACGCGCGCAUACAGUUGUCACAGCGCAUCUCGCCAUGGUCAACUCUAUCGCCUUCCUUGCGCUAUUCGUGGUAGCGAUUCUUCCCGACACGACGCUUCACGCUCAAAUCUACUCGUUAUAUAUGCAAGAGUCCCCACCGCGAGUUCUGGACAUUCUGCGGACAGUAGACGUCGUGCUCUACCUCGUCGCAGCUGUAUUGACCAUGACCAUGCCAUUGGGCCCGGAGUUACACUACCCCGUCGAACGCAUCUAUUCUGAGAAGACUGUCGCGUCCAUCACCAAUCAAGAUCAUAACAAUGUCAGCGGCUCUACAGGCGCGUCCAUCUGGGAUUUGCUAUUCUUCUCAUACACAACCAAAGUCGUAUACCUCGGCAAUACGGCAGAGUCGCUCGACAUCGGCGAUCUCCCCGUCGUACCCGGCAACAUGCGCGCAACCGAGAUCUUCCUGAAGAUGCGCGCCACGCUUCGCACGGUCAAGCUCGACCGCUUCCUGUUCUGGAAGUUCCAGGCGGGCGACGGCAUCGAGCUCAUCUACCAACUCCUCGUUCGCAAUAAGGUCGCACUCACUGUGCAGAUGUUCCUCGCGAGUCUCGGCGCUCUGUUGUACUAUGCGCCGCCGUUCUUCCUCAACCAGCUUGUGCGCUACCUGGAGCAGGACCCUGAGCGGACUGAUCGCCGUUGGGGUGUUCUGUUCGCUGUUGGUCUAUUCGCUUCUACGACUACAGUUCACCUUGUGACUGGUCAGCUGUGGAGUGUGUCCACAACCAUCCUUCAAGUUCGCUUCAAGGUCCAGCUGAACUCGAGCUUGUUCGCGAAGACACUUGUUCGGAAGGACGUCGCCUCGGGAGCAGCCGCCAAGGACGACGACGCGAAGUCCAACAAGUCGGGAGACACCGAGGAGGAUGAGGAAGCGGUAUCGACUAAAGCGCAAGUCAUGACACUCUUCACGACGGACGUCGACCGCGUCAGCGAGUUCGCGUGGCAUCUCUUCACCCUCGUCGACGCGCCGCUCGAGAUCAUCAUCGGCGCCAUCUUUCUGUACAAACUGCUAGGCAUCUCGGCCUUCAUCGGGUUGGCCGUCAGUUGCUUGUUCCUCCCGCUCAACCACUUCGCGGGCAAGGUCGUCGUCGGCGCGCAGGAUAACCUCAUGAAGGCUCGUGACGAGCGCGUGGCUCUUAUGAACGAGAUCCUCGGCGCUAUCCGCAUGCUGAAGUUCAUGGCGUGGGAACGCAGCUUUGAGAAGCGCGUGCUCGCUAUUCGCGAGAAGGAGCUCAAGUACCAGAAGUUGAACUACACUAUCGAGACGCUUUGGAAUGCCAUUUGGGCAGGCUCGCCGAUUCUCGUCACGCUUGCGGCUUUCUUCCAUUUCGCUGUCAUUCGCGGCGAGGUGCUCACUGCCUCCACGGCUUUCACUUCGAUUGCAGUGUUUGACGAGAUGAAGUUCGCUCUCAACGCGCUCCCCGAGACCCUCAUCAACAUGCUCCAGUCCCUCGUAUCGCUCCGUCGUAUCGAGAAGUACCUCCACGGUCGCGAAGUAGCGCCCAUCCCAUCGCUCGGUGCCAACACGAACCCCAUCGCCUUUCAAGGAGCCACAGUUACUUGGCCCCAGGACCGCUCGCGCGAGACGGCCACCUCGACCCCGAACCUCAGCGCUGCGAGCACCCCCAGCCGCGGGAAGUUCGUACUGGUUGACCUCAAUCUUAACUUCCCGCGCGGGGAGCUCAGCUUGGUAUGCGGUAAACUCGGUAGCGGGAAGACGCUUCUAUUGCUCUCGUUGCUCGGCGAGGCGGAUCACCUCACCGGCCAGAUCCUCUGCCCGCGCUCUCCUCCGGAUGCUAUAGCGAACCUUUCCCGCAGCGCGCCCGCGCCUGAGGACUGGGUCGUCGAGGGAGUAUGCGCGUAUGUCCCGCAAGCGGCCUGGCUCCGCAACGCCUCGAUUAAGGAGAAUAUCCUCUUCAACAUGCCCUACGACGAGACGCGCUACCAAAAGACGCUCGAAGCCUGCGCGCUCAUCAACGACCUCAAGAUUCUCGAAGACGGUGACGAGUCGGAGAUCGGCGAGCGCGGCGUCAACUUGUCCGGCGGUCAGAAGGCCCGCGUGUCCCUCGCGCGCGCUGUAUACUCGCGCGCGUCAAUCUUGUUGCUCGACGAUGUUCUCUCGGCCGUCGAUGCGCAUACCGCACACCACCUUUUCAACGAGUGUCUCAAGGGCGAACUCAUGAAGGGCCGCACGAUUGUUCUCGUAUCGCACCACGUCCAGCUGUGCGCGCCCGGCGCGAAGUACGUCGUGGCGCUCGAGAACGGACGCGUCUUGUACCAGGGACCCAGCGCAGAGUUCCAGAAGGGGGCGGUCAUCCGUUCGCUUGUUCAGUCGGAGCACUCGGCUACGAAGGAGGAAGAGAAGGCGGAGGAGGAGAGGGAGAAGGCGCAAGCGGAGGAGCCUACGAUCGAGGAGGAGCUCGCUCAGGUCGAUGCUGGGAGCAACUCGAGCACUAGUGCCACUAGCGCCGAGCCUUCGGAUGUCAGCUCGACGGCUGUGACUGCCACAACCGCAGAUAGCAAGGGCGCGGCUGAGACGAAGAAGAGCCCGAGGAAGGUCGUCGAGGACGAGGCGCGCGCAGUUGGUCGUGUCAACCGCGAAGUCUGGAAGGCGUACUUCACUGCGUGCGGGAGCUGGCCGUACUGGACUAUCUUCGGUUUCAUCAUGGUUCUUGCUACACUCAGCCCUGUUGCCGAACGUGGAUGGCUUACGUGGUGGGCGCGCGCGAACGAGAGCGGGUCAACGCAUAGCCCGUCGUUCUAUGUUGGGUUGUACGCUGUUAUCUCGUUCGCGGGUAUCUUCAUUGGGACUCUGCGUUGGUUCGCACUCUAUGAUGGCUCCAUCCGCGCAAGUACAGUCCUCUACAAGAAGCUCCUCGAGACGGUCCUGUUCGCGAACAUCCGCUUCCACGAUACGGUCUCGCGUGGACGCUUGCUUAACCGUUUCGGCAAGGACUUCGAGGGCAUCGACAGCAGUCUCGCGGAUAACUUCGGUCGCAGUGUCAUCUACUGCCUUAGCGUCAUCACCACGCUUGUCACCAUCAGCGUGGUCGGCGGGUUGCCCUUCCUCUUGACUGCUUUGCUCAUCGGCGUGCUCUACUACAACUCGGCGCAGGUGUACGGACAGACGAGUCGUGACAUGCGUCGUCUUGACUCCGCUACGCGUUCACCGCUUUACUCGAUAUACGGCGAGACCAUCGCCGGUGUCGCCAUCAUCCGUGCCUUCGGUGCAUCGUCCAAGUUCUUGCGCGACAUGCUUCGCUGCGUCGACACCAACACGAACCCGUACUACUGGAUGUGGGGUGUCAACCGCUGGCUCAGCGUCCGCUUCAACGUUCUAUCCGCCGUGAUUGUCGGCAUGACUGGGCUUGUCUCGGUACUCUCCGUGCGGAUCGACGCAGCGCUCGCGGGCUUCAUGCUAGCCUUCGCAUCCAACAUCACAAACGACAUCCUAUUCCUUGUCCGUCGCUUCGUCGGUCUCGAGCAGUCCAUGGUCGCUCUGGAGCGUGUGAAGGAGUUCAGCGACCUCGCAAGGGAGCCGCCGGAGUUUAUCGAGCCGCGUCCGCCCGCGUCAUGGCCCCAGAAGGGCGAGAUCGAGGUCAAGAAUCUGGUCAUACGUUACGCACCGGAUCUGCCGAACGUGUUGCAUCAGCUUAACUUCAAGAUCUUGCCUGGAGAGAAGGUCGGAAUCUUGGGCAGGACGGGAAGCGGGAAGAGUACGCUUGCUCUCAGCUUCUUCAGGUUCGUGGAGGCGACCGAGGGUGCGAUUAAAGUGGACGGGAUCGACAUCGCGAGUGUUGGGUUGACGGACCUGAGGAGCAAGUUGACUAUCAUCCCUCAGGAUCCGACUAUUCUGAGUGGUACGCUGCGCUCGACCCUCGACGUGUUCGACGAGUACGAGGACGCGGACAUCUAUGAGGCGCUGCGCCGCGUGCACCUUAUCCCCGCUAACACCGACGCGGCGGAUGACGACGAGUUGAACGCGAACGUCUUCCGGAACCUCGACUCGCCUGUAUCCGAGGGCGGCGAGAACUUCUCCACUGGCGAGAAGCAGCUGUUGUGCAUGGCUCGCGCUAUUCUCAAGCGCUCAAGAGUCCUCGUCAUGGACGAAGCCACAGCUUCCGUCGACUAUGCCACCGACGAGCUUAUCGGCAAGACGAUCCGCCAUGAAUUCGCGGACAGCACAAUCUUGACCAUCGCACAUCGUCUGCGGACGGUCAUCGACUACAACCGCGUCAUGCUGCUCGACCAGGGUCGUAUCGUUGAGCUCGAUACGCCCGCGAACCUGUUGAAUAACAGUGACUCGCUGUUCUAUAGUUUGUGUAAGGCGACCGGCAAGACGGAGUUUGCGGUGUUGAGGAAGAUGGCGGGUGUUGCUUAG